AUGCACCGCACCGGGAGGGAAAGUGAAGACACGGAUCAGUUGCGGGUUUUCAGCGUGAUUCCCGUCAGGAAGUUCUCAAUGAAACUAGAUUGGAAUUUCAAAGUUUAUAUUGUUAGGAUAUGGGAAGUUCCAAGUAAAUAUAAUAAGAAGGAGAUUGGUUCAAUUGAAAUGAUUCUUCAAGAUUGUAAGGGUGGUAGGAUCUAUGCCACUAUUCCGAGGGCGCUAGCCGAGAAAUGGAGUGGUAACAUCAUAGAGUUUGAGAUGUACACAAUGACAAACUUCAUAGUAUUUGACAAUAAGACCAUCUCGAAGAAUGGUGUUAGUAGGAUGGAAGACCCGCGAGACUUGAUCACUAGCAGGGGUUUAAUGACUAAGCGUAUGGUCGUUAUUUUGGAAGAUCUUGAGAAUAACAAAAUGAGUUGCACAUUGUUUGGUCAGUUGGUGGACCACAUUCUUCCACAUCUUGAUGAUGGGAGAGUUGAGACACUUAUUGUGGUCCUUCAAUAUUUCAAAGCAACAAGGUGGAAUGGUAAAACUUCAGUUCAGAGCAAUUUUGAUAUCUCCAAAGUUCACAUAAACCCAACACUAAAAGAAAUUGAUAGUUUUAGAUGCAGAUUACUCAGUGGCGGUCCAUCGAGCUCAACUAGGAUUAGCCAGGUGUCCUCUCCGGCUGCGUGGUCUGCAAAUGAUGAAUUUAACCGUGGAUCUGUCAGUGUAAAGACUAUCAAGGAUGCACUAAACUCUGUUGAGGAAGGAAAAAACGAUUGGUUUUAUAAAGCAUGUAGGAGGUGUCCCAAGAAGGUUGAAACCCCCAUUGGUGAUCGAUAUGAAUGUGGGAAGUGUGGCCACACACAUGGAGCAGCCGCAAUAAGGUACAAGGUUGAAGUAAUGGUUUAUGAUGGAUCAGGUAGCAUCAACCUGCUUUUGUGGGAUAGGGAGACAACUCAAUUAUGUGGGAAGCAGGUAGACAAAAUCGUUCUCGAGGAUGCAGUUGGAGAUGAUGAUUAUCCACCAUCUCUUAAUAACAUGAUGGAUAAGAAGGUGCUUUUCAAGAUUAAUGUUAAAUCUUCCAAUAUAAAGCAAUAUGAUCCAGUUUACACCGUGAUGAAAAUUUGUGAUGAUGAGGAUAUUAUCCUCAAGAACCUCCCAACAAUUAUGCCCUCUAAUCAAUCUGCUCAUGUCCAUGAGGCCGACUGCAGCAACUCAAUUGACGUGUCAAGUAAUGAUGUGGCUAUCAUCAGUGAUAAUGAUCCUGAACUUACUUUGGAUUCUAUGGAAGAAUGUAUCUCAAGCCUCAAGUUCAAAACACCAAAUAAGAGAGCUGUCGGCAGUUCAAAACCUGACUGCAGCAACUCAAUUGACGUGUCAAGUAAUGAUGUGGCUAUCAUCAGUGAUAAUGAUCCUGAACUUACUUUGGAUUCUAUGGAAGAAUGUAUUUCAAGCCUCAAGUUCAAAACAUCAGCUAAGAGAGCUGUCGGCGGUUCAAAACCUGGAUUAAUCAAUGUUAACAACUUAGAGGAUGAAGGGCACCUGUCCACUAAUAAGUUUAACCGCAAGGGUGCAAAGAAAUUGAGGUCCCAGCUUAAUGAUGGGAAUAACUAA